UAAAACUGUCUCAGUAAAAUGCACAUCACAUCUUUCUCAUUUUCACUUUCCCAUUCUCUACAGAUGUGGAGCAGAUGAGUUCCUCCUCUCCUGUCCUCCCUGUGAACUCCAUGGGCAAUGAGCGGGUGGAUCAGCGAACCUGCCUGAUCUGCGGGGACAGGGCCACGGGGCUGCACUAUGGCAUCAUCUCCUGCGAGGGCUGCAAGGGUUUCUUCAAAAGGAGCAUCUGCAACAAACGGGUGUACAGAUGCAGCCGCGACAAGAACUGCGUCAUGUCCCGCAAGCAGCGCAACAGGUGCCAGUACUGCCGGCUGCUCAAAUGCCUCCAGAUGGGCAUGAACCGCAAAGCAAUCAGAGAGGAUGGCAUGCCAGGAGGCAGAAACAAAAGCAUCGGACCUGUCCAGAUAUCAGAGGAAGAGAUUGAGAGAAUUAUGUCUGGGCAAGAAUUUGAGGGAGAGGCAAACAUGUCAUGGAGCAACAAYGGAGACAGUGACCACAGUUCCCCUGGAAAUGGAGUUUCUGAGAGCAACCAACCUUCACCUGUUUCUACUCCAUCUUCAAGUAGGUCUGUGGAGCUGAACGGGUUCGCUGCACUCAGGGAUCAGUACCUGGGCACGCCGGUGUCCACGCACUACCAGUACCUGCCGCACCUUUUUAGCUAUUCCGCCCACUCGGCGCUGAUGCCGCCGCAGCCGCGCAGCCUGGACCCGCAGUCACACAGCCUCAUCAACCAGCUGGUGUGUGCCGAGGACCUGGAGCCGCUGGGCACACCCAUGCUCAUCGAGGACGGGUAUAAAGUGACUCAGGCAGAGCUGUUUGCAUUGCUGUGUCGUCUGGCGGAUGAAUUGCUUUUCAGGCAGAUUGCUUGGAUCAAGAAGCUGCCGUUCUUCUGCGAACUCUCCAUCAAGGACUAUACCUGCCUGCUCAGCUCUACGUGGCAGGAGYUGAUCCUGCUCUCCUCGUUGACUGUUUACAGCAAGCAGAUCUUCGGUGACCUUGCAGAUGUCACCUCCAAGUACUCUCCCUCUGAUGACGAGCUGCACAGGUUCAGUGAAGAGGGGAUGGAGGUGAUGGAGCGGUUGAUCUACCUCUUUCGCAAAUUCAACCAGCUGAAGGUCAGCAAUGAGGAGUACGCCUGCAUGAAAGCCAUCAACUUCCUAAACCAAGAUAUCAGGGGUCUGACCAACGCAUCCCAAUUGGAGCAGCUGAAUAAGCGGUACUGGUAUGUUUGCCAGGACUUCACRGAGUACAAAUACCCCCACCAGCCAAACCGCUUCCCUGAUUUAAUGAUGUGUUUGCCAGAGAUACGCUAUAUUGCAGGAAAAAUGGUGAAUGUCCCCCUGGAGCAGCUGCCUCUCCUUUUUAAGGCCGUUCUACAUUCCUGCAAGACGAGCGUGAGCAAAGAGUGAGCACAGCAGGYCCCGGCCGGUGCCUUACGCUGAGCCUGGGCUGGGAGCUGGCUCACCCUGGGAGAGGGGCAAACGCCAUCCAGGCAGGAGAUGGGGCAAUGGGCCUCCCUGCCCUUGUAGCAAGAAUCUUUUUUGUUUGUUUUUUUUUUUUUUUUACUCUUUUUCCUAUAUAUUUAUUUCACGACAGAGUUGAAUGUAUGAUCUUCAACACGAUGCACAUGGUUCUGUAAGAAUGCAGCAGAUGCAUUCUCCAGCGGUUUACAGAAUGUGAAGAUGUUUAAUGUUACAGUGUUUGUUAGGGUUAGUUCUUUUGUAUUUGGGGCUGGGGACCGAGAUGACUAAGACUACCUCAAGGAGAAGAUGCUGUUCAUGCACUGCUCUUUCCAUGACUUGCAUCCAAAAGCAUUUUUCAUGGAGAGCAAAUGUCAGCAGAGCUGUUAGGAUCCCAAAGGGACGACUUUGGAGAAGUGGGUGCUAGAGAAGUGCCAAGCUUUUUCUUUAAUUUAAAAAAAGCAGGGAGUGGAGAAGUCUGUCUAGGCAGUUGGUUUCUUUUCCCCUGGCAGUUUCCAGAUGCAGGUUUCCCRGUGGGGUGGCAGUGCUCUGAGGGGCUCACUGCUCCUGUCCCCUCUGGGGRCCUUCAGGCGGGGUCUGCCCUAGCCACUCCUGGCCAGCUGCCCUCUUACUAUUGCCACAACACCUUCCAGCUUCUCUGAAAUUGUGUUCCUGCAGUCCUGGCAUUACACAAAGGUGUUCCUGUUGCUAGAGAACUGCAAGGACUUUAUCAUGACUUCCUUAACAUCCAUUUUAGAUUUACAAAAGCAGGAAAAACCUACUUAGAGAAGAGGCACRAUUGCCCCCAUUAGUGUGUUCCUCCAACAUGGUAUCUGGCUCCUGAGGCUUCUGCAUUGCAGCAGUCCCUGUUUUGGGAGCAGUUCAUGUACCCUGUGUUGAAUGGGCCCUGUGUAAUGGAGUGAGGGACUCCAGUGUCCUCUGGCAUGGCUUUCUCUGCUGGACUCAGGGAAUGGGUGUUCCAUAUCCUGCCAGGACUGUCUUGUUCCUUGUGGAUCACAGAAAAAGGAACAUUACUGCCAUACUUGGUGACCUGCUGUGUUCUAGGUGUUGCAAGGCUUGGAUUUUCCAUCUCGCCAGCUCCCCACCACUCCACACAGAGAACUGGUUUAGUGACUACUGAUGAGCUGAUUGAGUGAUUGCUAAGUGCUGCUGUUCAGCUAAACCUGGGCAUUCUCAUGAGUGACCUCACUGUUUGCUUCUUGUGGUGGAGAGGUUGGAUGAGAUGUUCUUGUUCUCAUGUUCUUAAUUAGGAAUUAAUAUUCCAAGAUUCAGUCACCCUUUAGUCAGCCUUGGCUGGAUUUCCUUCCCUGUCUCCUUAGAUAAAAAUCGGGCAUUCACUUAGCACGGUGGCUCAUUGAUAAGUGUUUGAAUGCUGAUUUAAAGAUAUUUGGGGAAACAGCUUUUGUUCCUUCAGGGUAGGAGGSACGAGUCACUACCUUCUUGUCUUUCCCUGAUGACAGUUGCGUGGCACAGAGCGAGCACAGCUCAGCAGGGCUGCAGCUGCUGUACAUGAAUGUGAUGGUGAGCAGGAGAAAAAUCCCAUUCACCGAAGUCGUCUUUCCSUCCCUCCCUCUCCCUGGCCCGGCGGGUGCUCCCGGGAUUGCAGCCCGAGGGAGGUGUGACCCGCUGCUUUGGCACAUCCCGGUCACACACACCGGGGCCCUGCUGCUGCCUCACUGCAGGCAUCCCACUUGGGCAUCUCCCAGCUCCACGGUUUCCCUUUUCUAGAAGUCCAUAGCUGUUCAUUUUUCAUUAUUUAAACAGGAUGUUACGGGUAACAGCUGCUGCGCCCAGCAGYGGCUCAGCUCGAUGGAGCUUCACAUCCAAAGGUGGUUCCAUAAAUCUCAUUUACUUUCUGACAGUACAAUGAGAUGUGUGUAUUCUCAGGAAAGCCUUCUGCAUACAGCCGUUACCUCACAUGUUCAGGGGAAGAUUUUAGUGUACCUGUUUGUAAGUUAGAAUGUAUUUUUCAGCUUUUAAGUUCGAUUUCCAAAUAGCUUGAUGUGAUCUUUUUAUUACGGGUUAUUUCUGGCUUGCUGUUUUAUACACUCAAGGAAUUUUAAAAUUGCAUAGGAGUAAUUUUAUUCUACGGUUACUGAAUUAUUAUAAUCUGUUGAUGAAUAAGUGUUUUAAUUAGUGUACAUAAAAGCAGUCAUCUUGUCGUCAGCUAUCCAACAGAAAUUAUCUAUUGGAUAAUCUGUGCUUUUCCAAAAUAGCCUCCUAAAACUAAUGCUGUUCCAGCAACCACCAAAAUCCUAAAUUCAGUUAUGAUGACAAACGGACAUGAAUGUUCUACUUUCUGUUGUAGAAAGCAAAUUUUACAAAGGUUGAUUGGCAGCAGUAUCCGUUCCCAAAUACCCAUUUGCUGUAGGGAGUAGAAAAUCCUUCCUGAACUGACAGGUAAGGAAGCAGCAAACAGACCAGACAGAAUCACCGGUCAUUCCUGGUAUCUUCUGCACCAAGUCCUCUAAUGACUUGUAUUUUUUAAACAGGGUAAAGUGAAUGUGUUGCAUUGCAAACUCAGGUAUUAUGAGAAGGUAGGAAUGUAGCUAGAGACGUAGAGACUUUAGGUAGAUGUAUUUGUGAAUUUGGUUUGAAGGACACCCUGGAAAGGUUGAAAUUUGUGUUCCAUUCUUCAUGUAACAUUCGGUUUACAGGGACUCAUAUUUUAUUUGUGCUUAAUGUUAGUAGGGGGAAGUUCAUUAUCUUUGGUAUCUAUCUGCUCUUGCUUAUCUGACCUUCUGUCAUAGAGAAAUCAAUCAACAAUAAUAGACUUUGGUAGAAUUUUCUGCCAUGACAAGUCAAUUUUUAUCUCCGAUUUGAAAGAUAAAUUGGCUGGCUGACCCCCUCCUCUCCUUCAAAGCAUCAAUGCAGAUAGAAAGCUGAAGAGUUACCUUUAAUCUGAGCAGAGAUUUGGGACAUAAAYUUGAAGCACUCAGGCCUCACGUGCUCAGGGGUGGCUGCUGAGGAGCCCUCGCUCUGUGGUGCUGCUGGAAGGGGUCCCCAGUAAGGAGGCUCAGUCCCAGUGUCAGUGCCAGAGCCUGGGGCCUCAACAAAACACUGGAAAGUGAGUGAGUUUACUUUCACUAUAGCUCAGCUUUCUGCCAGCUGGGCUGAGCCUUGACCCCUCAGUGUGGGUCAGUAGCCAGUCCCUCUCCUCGGCAUGUCCAGCCCCGUGACAGGGCAGGGGGAUGAGGGACAGCCAGGAUGCUCAGGGGUGCCAGGUCCUGACACWGCUGGGCUCUGGGCAUGGCAGAGCUGCUGCAGCCGGGCCUGGUGCUCCCUGUGCUUCCCUUGUGUGAGCUGUGCCAGUGCCCUUCCUGUUCUCACUUCUGCAGAGGCACUGAGAGCUUUGGGUCAUCAGGGAGCAGCUCUGGAUUCUUCUGUMAUUCUUCAAUCCAGAGAUGUGAUUCUUAACCCUUUGGCCAUCUCCCAUCACACGCAGGCCAAAGGAGGAGCACRGCAUUUUCAGAGUGACCAGUGGUCAGUGACGUGGCCAACUCCCUGCCCAGGGGAGGUGCCACCCCAGUAGUACCCACUUUCCCAGUGCUGGGGUGUGGCUGUGAGGGAGUCUGUGGCACUGAGGGGUCCCAGGGGUGCCAGCAGGGUUCCUGGGCUGCUCUCACUUGCAGGUGGAGGCCUUGGUGGCUCUGUCCCCACCCAUGCAAAGGCUUGAGUGCCUCUUGCUGCCGUUCCUCCCUGUGCCAGCAGCAUCUGUCCUUACUCCCAGGCUUCUGCACAGACCCACAGCCACCUCAGGUAAAGGAGUUUAAGUCUUGUCCUUCAAACCAACUUUAAAAAAAAAAAAAACAAACUUGAAUUUCUUUUUUCUUAACUACAUUUUUUAAAAGGAAAAAAAAAGAAAAAAAAAAAAGAUUCUCCUGUGAAUGUGCUAUUUCCCAUUCAUUCUUUCUUCCUUCUUGGUUUUGAUUUAAAGCUAUGAAGCUCGGUGUCUGUGAAAAUGUUGUUAUUUCUCAGGAUAAUAAGCGGCAAUCAUCCCUGCCACAUGAAAGGCAGGAGAAAGGGGGAAACUUGGGKAACUAGUUUAAGUAUGAAACUAAUUUUUAAGUUGUAGAUGAUGUGUAAAUGGAGGGGAGUGCAUAGCUAUCAGUAUCAAGCUGUGGUGUUUCUCUGGGUUCACGGUGUGUUGUUUCAACGCACAGAAGCUCAGGGAUAAGUAUUUAAAAUGUGACCCAGAGAAAUCCUAGUUUUGAUGUUGCAACAGUUGCUUCUUUCACRACUUGUCUGGAGGAUCUGUUGAGAGCUGACUAAAGCCCCAUAUGGGGAUUUUGGGGGAAAACCUUGGGUUUGCCUGCUGAAAGCUCAGAUGUGGUCCAGUGGGCAGAGCAUCCCAAAGCUGUGGGGGCUGUAUGAGGCUGUGCCCUUGCAGCACCUGGAGCUGGGGCAKCUCUGCYUGUGGGGCUCACAGAGGGCUGUGGAGA